AUGUAAAAUGUAAAUAACAUUUCCACCAUUUUUUUUUUGACAGUAACUUUUAAAAAUGUAUAUCAGCCUUUAAUGUGGCUAAAAAUAGCACUGGCAUUGGAACAGCAUAGGAUUUGGAUACAUAGUGUUUGGUUAGGUUGUCAUGUAAAGACCAUUAUCAAUUUUCUAGUCUUGUAGCGUAUGAGAGAAUUAUGCUGCUGUUAUUUUAGGGGUAAAAUACUAAACUACAAGAUAUUAUGGUGACAUGAGAAAAGAUGGCAGGUACAGAUAAACUUAUUGAAGGUCUUCUUACAGAUUUCAAAAACAUUCACAGUGAAUGCAAGAAGAAAUAUCCCCAAAUAAAAGAGGCACUUGAAAUAGGAAUUGUUAAGUUGCGCAUGCUGACUUCUUCUGAGAGUGAACAACAAAAAUUUGAAGGUCUCAGUCUAAGCACUGAGGUAUUUACUCCUUUACUUCUUGGAUUGGAAUCAAAAUUCCCCAAGAUUAUCCCACUUUGUUUAUCAUGCCUACAGAAGUUAGCAUCUUCAGCAGCUAUUGGUGAGGGUUAUGCUGGUAAGGUCAUUUCACAACUUGGUUUAUUGGCUGACGAUGAUAUUGAAGAUCUUCGCAUUCUGCAGACCAUUAUUGUUAUGCUAACAACUUCCAAUGUGGUCCAGAAAGACCCACUUGCUCAGACAUUGGUGUUGUGUUUUAAACUUUAUUUCAACCAAGAUGGUACUACCAGCAACACAGCAUCUGCAGCUAUUAGACAAGGAGUUUCAGUUGUUGUAGAUCGUAUGAUUGAAGAAGACAAAACAAAAGUGGAUAAAGAUGCCGAAGAAUCAAUUUCGCCACAUCCUAAAUGUCCCCGGACGUUGCGACCAAGAGCCCAGGAUGCUUAUUUGUUAUUUCAGGAUUUAUGUCAACUCACAAAUGGUGACAAUCCAUACUGGUUACAAGGAAUGAAAACAAUGACAAGAACGUUUGGUUUAGAAUUAUUAGAAUCCAUUCUAAGACAUUAUCCAAAAGCAUUUCUUGACCAUCCAGAAUUUAGUUUUCUUUUGAAAGAACGUAUAUGUCCACUGAUCAUUAAACUUUUUUCUCCCAACAUCAAAUACAAACAAGGGGGACAAACCACACCAACAAUAAUUGAAAAGCCUGUUUUUUCCGUCUCAGUUCGGUUGCUACGCAUUGUUUCUGUUCUAAUCAAGCAGUUUUAUACAUUACUUGUUACAGAAUGUGAGAUUUUUUUGUCAUUACUUGUGAAAUUUUUGGAUGGAGACAAACCAUUCUGGCAACGAGCUUUAGCACUAGAAGUUCUUCUUAGCCUUUGCGCCCAGCCACAAAUAUUAAAGUCAUUUUGUCAAUAUUACGACAUGCAAGAACACUCAACAAAAAUAUUCCAACUUAUAUGUGAAUCGCUUGGUGUGUUUAUACAAUCACUUUUGGCCAAAGCUGCAUCACAAGCUGUAUCCAAUCAAAACGUAGCUAACUCACCAACAUCAACCAACUCAGUUCCUGUGGAUAAAUUAACCAAUCAGUCAGGAUUUUCAUACAAAGGAGGGUGGAUACCAGUCCCUAAUAUCAGUCAAUCGUCUCCUAAACCCGUUUAUCUAGAACAGUUGGAGUAUAAAAACGAAGGUGUCAACGUAUCUGAGUCCUAUGUGAUGCAAGUAGUUUUCUCAUGUGUCAUGGAAAUAUGUCAAGCUGUUGAUAUCUUAAUACUUAACAGACCGUCAAAACAAAAGAAAAAAGAAGUAAAUGGCGAAGUUGAAGAUAUCAAACAUCAGGAUAAAACGGGACUUGGUUCUGAAGCUUGGAAACACAACCAGCCAUUGGAUGUUGAAGAUGAAGACAUGAAGCCUGUAUGGGUUAAGAUGAUUGACUGUUCAUGGAGUCACAUGUUAACAACCCUUACCAUAUUACUGGAAGCCUGCACAGACGAGCCUGCAACGGAUCAGAUCUUAAAAUCAUUGCAAACGUUUGCCAGUGUGUGUGGCCAACUUGACCUGAACUCAAAUCGAGAUGCUUUUAUUUCAUGCAUUUGUAAGAUGUCUUUGCCUGAAAACUAUGCUGCAAAUAAUCUUCAUGCUUUGUUGUCAAAGCAACCAAGUUACGAUGUCAAUUUUAUUGGUGCAUUGAAAACAGAAUCUUUGAAUGAUUCAUCAGGAAACAACAUUGUGAUGACAGUGAAAAACAUACAAUGUAUGCGUGCGCUAUUAAACUUGGCGCAUUGUCAUGGCGAUAUACUUGGCACAGCUUGGUAUUUAUCUUUAAUGACGCUGCAACACCUGACGCAAAUCCUAGGUUUAAAAUUAUCAUCAGGCGGAAGUUUUAAAACCAUACAAGCAAACGAGCUGCCAAAUUUGAUCAUUAGUCAAUCCAUGAUGGCAGAUUUACCAAUUCUUUCAUCAAUGCUAUCACGUUUAUUUGAAAGUUCACAAUAUUUGGAUGAUGUUGGUGUUCACCAUUUGGUCAGUGCGUUAUGUCGUUUGUCUACAGAAGAUAUGGAAAAUGCAAUUAAUAAUAAGGAACCAAGUUUAUUUGCUGUAGCUAAAAUGUUAGAGACUGGUCUGGUUAAUUUAAAUCGUUUACGUGUUUUAUGGAAACCACUUACCGCUCAUUUAUUGGAGGUAACACAGCAUCCUCAUAGUAGGUUACGUGAAUGGGGAGCUGAUGCAUUAACAGCUUUGAUAAAAUCGGCUAUUUUCCAUGACCACAAACCACCACUCACCGAAGAUUUAUCAUUGCAGUUGAUGAUUUUAUACCCACUGCAACAAAUGGCGACAAUAACUUUCUCAGAUGUGCGCCAACAACAAUUCGAAUGUACACUGAACAUAUUACAAGAAUGUGCACCACAGCUAGCUACUGCAUGGCCUGUUGUUCUACGUAUUAUUGGCUCAGCAACCAACCAGCAAAAUGAAUCAAUCAUUCGACUGGCUUUUCAGAGUCUGCAAUUAGUUGUGACAGAUUUCUUACCCAUAAUUCCUUGCUGGUGUCUACAAGUUUUGGUAGAUGUGGCGGGAAAGUUUGGUUUGCAACCGAAUGAGAUCAACAUAAGUCUGACAGCCGUUGGAUUGCUGUGGAAUCUUUCAGAUUUCCUUUAUCAAAACCGAACGUCACUAAAGCACGACUUAGAAAACUACAUGAAAUGUCAACCUGAUCUCGUCAAAAAGGAAGAAUCGAACGGAAGUAGCCCGAUUCAUAAUGUCGAACUUUAUCCGACAUUGGACACCUCGGUACCUCCUUUUGAUUCAGCGUGGAUGUGUUUGUAUGGGAAACUAGGCGACCUGUGCGUAGACCCUCGUCCUGCUGUUAGAAAAAGUGCUGGUCAAACGCUAUUUUCAACUAUUUCGGCUCAUGGUGGAUUGCUGGAAAAUGCAACAUGGUAUACCGUGCUGUGGAAGGUGUUAUUCCCUUUGCUGGAAAAAGUCAAAGCUAUGUCUUCCGUUGCGGCUGAUUGUCCUCCUCCCUCAGACAACACUGCGUUGCCUGGCAACAUUCUUAUACAUCACUCGCGUGACACUGCUGAAAAACAAUGGGCUGAAACAUGCGUCUUGUCAUUGGCUGGAGUGUCAAGAGUUUUCAGUACGAGGUCACACAUACUUCAAAAGCUCGAAGAUUAUCCGCGUGCGUGGGCAUUGUUACUAGAAAUGAUUGAGGCUAGUGCAUUAACUAAAAACUCGGAAGUGGCUUUAAACUCGUUGAAGAGUUUUCAGGAGAUUGUGAAUUACGAUACUCGGCCAACUGAUACUCAGACGAAACAGGGAAGCGAAGGAACACCUGCGUUCACAGAUGUACCCGACGCUGAGCUUGAUUUGUGGAUUAAUGCGUGGAGAGUGUGGCAGAAUAUCGGAGCAAACUCGAUGGAGAGCCCACACUUCCUGAGAACUGUAAAGGAUAGUAACGGCAAAACAGAGAUGAAAACAAUAUACCCCUCGCAGCCAUUUUUAACUGCCCUAGUCAAUAUAUUCCCGCCUUUGUUAGCUCGUAUUUAUACACGAUUUGGUAUAGGCGAUUUACAACGUCUAUGUAAAGUGCUACAGCGUGCUGUAUCGAUGCCAUUACACUCUGACACGUCACCGUUUCUGCUACCUACCUUCCACCACGAGGCUGUAUUGUCCCCUCUGCAACAAUCUGUGUUGAACUCCCUAAAGGCGUUGCUUGUGGAAGUUCCACAGCUGCAGAAUAAGAACAUUUUAGAACACAACGAACACCAGCCUAUGUACCCAACUUUGUUUGCUUUGUUACUUACUUUUGUCGAGUACGCGAGUUGCCCACCAAAAGUCGAAUCGCACGAUAAAGAGAAUUUCACGCAUAUACGCGGGCGUGCUGGGGAAUGGGUGGUGAUGAACUAUGUACCACUAGCCGAGAACAGCAUGAAGAUGAUCCAGGAGUUGUACGAAGCGAGUCAUUCUAUAGAAACUGUUAUUCAAGAGAACGUGUUACAGAAAAUUAUAGAGACACUUCAUUUACCGAUGAAACUGAAGUACGCGUGCCCGGCCCAAACCACAUGGAAGCUAGCAGUAGACUUGUUAUUAAGUGUCCUUCAUAGCGGAUUGAAGACGCAUAUGGAUGGAAAUGCUGAUGACUUUAAAGACAUGUGGAUGGCACUAGCUGUAACAUUGGAUGAUUUUUUAUUCUCCCUGAGCCCUCCACCAGACACUCAAACAUUAGAACAACAUAAACAAGAUGAAAAAAUUGAUGUAAAAAUUUUAAAGUUAAUUCGCCAAGAUAUUUUACCCUAUUCUCCUUCUCUUCCAAACGAUUUUGUGGAGAGUCUGAUGAAACUUUUAAAUAAAGGAUCGAUACAUUCUGCUACACCGAGCAUGUUUGAUAGCGAUACUAUUGCAUUCCCGAUGAAGGAAGACUUCGCCAAGCUUUGCUUUGAAACUUUACUGCAAUUUUCAUUCUUCAAAGAAACUGACAAUGAGGAGGACAGUACAUUGUCUCGAUUAGCUUUGUCUUCAUUACUUGAUCGUUGCAAGAACGUUUUAAAGAAAUAUUCAGAAGAUGAAAGACUGAAUGGAAACUUUCCUUUACCGAGAGCUCGGAUGUUUGAAAUGUCAUUCGCCAUCAAAGCCAUCAGUACGCUGUUAUCAUCGUUGAAGAAAACUGUGGAGAGCAAGCCUGAUAUAAUUGAUGCCAACAUGUGGAAUAACGUAAUUGGGAUGUAUCCAGUGAUCUUAGAUUGCGUCACGUGUAGCUCCGAGCAAGUCAGGCAUUCCUUAAAAGAGGCGUUAAUAGAGUUUCAAGAUUUAUUAGCACCGCCUGCUGUGGUGAAUAUGUAAAUGUGUUCUCUGAAUCGUGUCGUGGUGAACUCUCGAAAGAACAAAUGUUUAACUAUAGUAACAGCUGGAUAUAUAUUUUUUUCUCGCAUUUUGAAAAUAUUUAUAAUUCUUACACAUUUUUAUGGUCCCUCGCUAUUAAUUCGAACGUCUUGUUCAUUUAUACGAUUUUCAUAGUUACAUUAACUUGAAAUCAAGUAAAGCCAGACAAGAACAAGUAACACCAAAUAUUAAAACUAAUAAUGUUAACGAAACAACCGCUAUCAUGUUAGUAAAGAUUUUAACGUUCUGUUUUUUGUUUUGUUUUUUAUGUUUUUCUGGAUUUUUUUAUGCAGAAGAUAGCUAAAAGCAUGUUAUUCUUUCGCAAAGUAUUUUUAUUAUCGAAUUUUCUAACCUUUGCCACAAAAAAUCUGACCAAUCGAGAUCAUAUUUUUGAAUUGAUAAUGUCAGGUAAGGGAAUCUUAAGAAUUUAAUUUAAUGUAUUUUAUUAUUGUAAGCUGACAAAUACAUAGUUUCCAGCAAUGUAUUGACACGCUGGCAAUUAAUUUGAAGUAAGCUGUGGGUGUAUUAUAGAAUAUUCCAAUUUAAAUUUCCUAA